AUGGACAGCACUGAGGGCGCUCCACUCUGCUUCCCCGACCUCAACUCCUCCUGCAGGCGUCUGCUGCGCCCCCGCUCUGAGACCGCCCUCCUCUACACCCUGCUGGCCUUCGUCUCUCUGCUCACUGUGACCCUCAACCUGCUGGUCUUCGUCUCCAUCUCUCACUUCCGGCAGCUUCGCACCCCGACCAACACCCUGCUGCAGUCUCUGGCCGUGUCCGACCUGGUGGUGGGGCUGCUGGUGAUGCCUGUCGAAGGCCUGCGCUACAUGGAGACGUGCUGGCUGCUGGGGAGGCUGAUGUGCGCUCUCACUCCUUACGUCUCUUACACACUGCUCUCUGCCUCUAUCGGCAACAUGGUGCUCAUCUCCAUAGACCGCUAUCUGGCUAUCUGUGACCCGCUGCUCUAUUCCUCUAAGAUCACCCUGCACAGAGCCAAAGUGUCAGUCUGCCUGUGCUGGGCCGGCUCUUUUCUCUACAACGGCUGUAUUCUGAUGGGGCACUUAGGGAGGCCGGACAGGUUCGGCUCCUGCCACGGGGAGUGUGUGGUGGUCAUAAGCCACAUCUCAGGCACGCUAGAUCUCUUCUUCUCAUUUGUCGGGCCCUGCACCGUCAUGGUUGUUCUCUAUAUGAGGGUGUUUGUGGUUGCUAUUUCUCAGGUUCGUGUCAUUCGCAUGCAGACGGCUGCCGUCUCUGCAGCACCUGCAGUUAAAAAAUCAGAGAGAAAGGCAGCCAGGACUCUCGGGAUUGUGAUAGCAGUGUUUCUACUGUGUUUCUGUCCGUAUUAUUAUCCCUCUCUAGCGGGCGAGGACACCUCCACCAGCUUGUCUUAUUACGCCCUGCUGUCUUGGAUCAUGUUGUUGAACUCGUGUGCAAACCCUCUGAUUUACGCUCUCUUCUACCCCUGGUUUAGAAAAGCUAUCAAACUCAUCUUCACUCUCAGAAUACUGCAGCCUCAAUCUCAGGAUGACAAACUCACCUAG